UGGCCCUCUUGUUCUUAAGUCAAUUAACAGCAGCUGUAUGCUAUAUGCUCAUUAAGCUGUGAUUGGGCCAGAAGUGUUGCUGGGAACAUUUAUGUCUCUUCACUGCCGUUUGGUGUGUUACAGCUCAGCUUCAGCAUCAUGGCACAACAGGCCUUCCUGAGGGGUGUCCUCCUUGCCUUGCUUGUUGUUGAUUCACUUGAGGUUCCAAUUAAAGACUCAAAGUCUCUUGGACAACACAGCAGUGGCUCAAAUGCUGCAACAAAUUAUGCUCCUUACCGGAGGACAGCCUUGGACCACACUGCACCUGUGCAGUACAACACUGAAAGACUGCUGUCUCAGCCGAUGCAGUUUGUGAUGGGUUCUGGUCUGUCCCAGGGAGUAGUGCAGACUGCUCCAGCAUUCGGUGACAUGAGCUCAGCUGCACCUCAGGAGCUUUAUUCUGCUGGUUCUGUUUCUUAUCCUGUUCCAGUAGAAUAUGCUGCUGGCUCACCUCAGACUGGAGCAGCACAAUCUGGAUUGCCAGAAUCAAACUGGCUGGUUGCUCCACAAAGCUUUGAGGAAGCAUCAGCUAAUGCCCAGGUUCAAGGUGCCAGUGAUCUUGCCCCACAACCACUUCUUCCCCCAGCUGGACCUGUCCUCCAGUCAGGAGAAACUUCCAAUGUUGUGAAAGAAGCUGAACUUGGAAACUACCAGCAACAAACUGAAGAAUUUGGCUACCCAGCCCAACCUGCAGUGUCUGAGCCAGGCUUUACAAGUCUGCCUAUGCCAAGUUUUUGGCUGCCUGGCUACUGGGGUUCCCCUUAUCCUGGCUUUGACUACAGGCUUCUGUAUGGGCUGUAUCCUCCAGGCACAUACAGCACAUUCAGCCAGAGCCAUGAGAAGGGCAAAGACUACUACAAGGAUGUCCACUACCUGAAAGAACAUGAAUCUGAGGAUGAUGCCCAAGGUUCCCAACAGCAGAAGAUCUUCCCCAGCCCUCCACAGUACUCAACUGGUCAGCAAGUGACCACAAGGGUUGGACGCUAGAUGACGACUGAGAUGGAGAAGGCUGAAUAAAAUUACGAUUUGAUGUGAGACCUCUGA